AUGACAGUUUUCAAAGGUGUUUUUUCCUGUCUGAAACAGAUGAACUGGCAAGGAGAAAAGAAGUCAGAGCAAUGGAAAACUCCCUCUUGCAUACAUUUCUUUUCCUUAGUGGUGUGUUCCUGUUAGGAUCUGGAGAGGAAAAUUCUUCAUCUGAAGGUACUAUCAGAGAGGAAAGGGAGCCUGUGCUUCUGGAAGAUAUCCCAAGUACUGCAGCCUUCAUUGAUGGAGCUGAGGUGGCAGUUGUUGGAUUCUUUCAGGAUUCAGAAAAACCCGAAGCUUUAAAGUUCCUUACCAUGGUAAAAAAUAUACCAGAUGUACCAUUUGGGAUCUGCACCAGUUCUCAAGUUCUUUCUCACUAUAAUAUCACCAAAAAUACCAUCUCCCUCUUUCGUAUGGUGGAUAACAAAAGGCAAGAUUUGGAAAUCCAGGACAGCAACAAAGUCGAUGUUGACAAGUUGAGUCGCUUUGUCCGGAUCAAUGAACUCCGCUGGGUGACUGAGUACAACCCCAUGACUGCAGUAGGCCUCUUUGAUAGUGCAGUUCAGAUCCAUCUUCUUCUGUUCACUGACAAGACUUCCCCACUGCACACUGAGAGGAUUAACAAGUACCGUGAAGCAGCAGUAGCCUUUCAAGGCAAGGCUCUAUUUAUCCUGGUGGACAUCAGUGUCAAAGGUAAUGAUCGCGUUCUGUCUUAUUUCCACUUAAAGAAGUCCCAACUACCUGCCCUGGCUGCCUACUAUACUGCAGACGAGGAGCAGAAUGUGCAGCUUCUGGAUGAAGUCUCUGUUGAGAAAAUAACAGAUUUUUGUAAUGCCUUCUUGGAGAGAAAGGAAGGAGUGAGUGUACAGAAUGAGUUUUUGCACACAUGAUUCCUUGACUAGUCAACAGCUUGCUGUUCCCUUGACAUCAUUCUGGAAAAAACCUCUAAACCAGAGGACAAACUCUUCAGAGAGGAACUCUGAAUUGUUUUCAGCUCCAUAACAGAAAUAUGACAACUGCAAUUACUGUAAUCAACAGCAAUCUAGGAAAAUGUCUUCUCUGUAUGAGGUUGCCAUUUAAAUCAGAUUAUGAUUCUGUUCUGGAAUCAAUUUCCAUAGAGGUGUUGACUGCUUUUUCAAGCUCUGUGUUCUUUCAUUUUGAUUUUGGAGAUAUUACACACUUUUUGCAUUAUAUUCUGAAUAAAUUAUAUUAUAUGACUGAAUAAAUAAAA